AAAUAUUGGCACUGCACAAUCUCUGCAAAAUCGCUCUGAUAAAGCGAGACGGCAUGCACACACAGACAAUAUCGCAAGGAUAAGACAUACAUGUGCUAGGAUUUGAUUUAUUUCCUCAAUCAGCUUUCAUUUUCCCGCUUGGCUACUGAUACUUUCAAAGGUACAUAGGAAGGGAGAUAACGCAUCCAUUGACCUGCAAACAGAUUGGCCGGAGUGCAGGAGGAGGAGCCAAAAAGAGAGAGAGAGGGAUGAACGAAUGAAGGUAGGAGGAUGCAGAGAGAGAGACAGAGCACUAGUUGGGAUGGGAAGAGCCGGGAGAGGAGAUCUCUAAUAAUAGCACUGCAGGGAAGCAAGAGCGUGCAGAGGAAAAAGUGGUACAUGCAGCAAAGCGAAUCAUGCCGACGCAGAGCAAUGAAAGAGUUCGAUGGAGCGAGAGCGGGGAAAGUUGAAAACACAUGCUCUGCUUUCCUGCACGCACAAUAGGAACAGCGUAAAGGGAGGAAAAGACAGAUAGGAAGCACCAGGAGGAAGACGUUCUCAAUGCAAAGGAAUUACGACCUCGAGAAAACCCUCUCAUUAGACAUCUGUGACCUCUGAAGUUCUUGUGUUUUUGUGAGCACAGCUGUUUAAGUUAAAUCCUUUCAAAUGGCAACUUUGGACACGUGUGUUAAGUUGCAGUGUGUGUGAGUGUGUGUGAAACAUGCCCUCCACUCUGCCUUCAUCCAAUGAUGCAGAGGUGUGAGAGCCACGAAUCCGAGGUUCAGAGGAGCCCCUCAUUGGACAGCACAGAGUCAGAAUUCACCCGGGCGGCCCGUCGGGGUCAUCGCCUGGCCGUGGGGGCCUUCUACGGCUCCCGGGGGUCAAAUGUCAAAGAUCAAGCGGCACAGAGUGACGGUGCCGUGGUCGCUGUCCCGCCUGGAGGAAAGCCUCAGGAUAAGCGUGUGUCUGCCAGUGGGAAGUACGUUGUGUUUUACCUGGACUUGUCGUUUGUGUUCCUCCUAGAGUUCGAGAAGCUGAAGAUGGCUCGUGGAUGCCUGUGCUGUGUCAAAUACAUGAUGUUCCUCUUCAACCUGCUGUUCUGGUUGUCGGGCUGCGGGUUGUUAGGUGUGGGCAUAUGGCUGUCCGUUUCCCAGGGCAGUUUUGCCACCUUCUCCCCAUCCUUCCCCUCCCUAUCAGCUGCCAAUCUGGUCAUUACCUUGGGCUCUGUCAUCAUGGUAACGGGCUUUCUUGGUUGCCUCGGUGCCAUCAAGGAGAACAAGUGCCUGUUGCUGAGUUUCUUCAUUGUUUUGUUGAUUAUUCUGCUGGCAGAGCUUAUUAUGCUCAUCCUUUUCUUCGUCUACACGGACAAGGUGAGCGAGAACGCUAAGCAGGAUCUGAAAGACGGCCUGAGGCUCUACAACACAGAGAAUAACAUCGGCCUCCGCAACGCCUGGAACAUUAUCCAAGCUGAGUGGCAGUGUUGUGGUGUUACUGGGCACACAGACUGGCAUGAUGCCCUGCAGGAGAAAACAGUUCCAGACAGAUGCUGCCAGGAACACUACAGAGAGUGUGGUCGCAACACCACUAAUGUCUUCUGGUCACAGGGUUGCUAUGAGAAGGUUGAGGAAUGGCUUUACGACAACAAACAUUUGCUCGGAACCAUCGCGAUGUGUGUGCUGGUCUUACAGCUGCUUGGGAUGGCAUUCUCCAUGACCUUGUACCAGCAAAUCCACAGGGCGGGAAAGAAGUAUGAUGCCUAGAGGAAACCCAAUGUUACAAAAAAAAAAAAAACUCUAUUAGCACCUAAUGUAUUAUUUCAAACCCAGCUUCCUGCCAUCACGAACUAUUACCAGUGAAAAUGAAGCUGUAUUUUUUUGAGUCUAUCAGAUUUAAUUAUGUAGAACAGACCGUAGAUAUUUUUGCUUGGCUGCUGGGUGGCUAAUUUUAAAGUUUAACAGCAACUGUAAGAUGAAAACUAAUGAAGGGAAUGCAUUGUGAGAAGCAGUUAUGGAUGUUUGCAGCCGUUAAGCCAAACGGUUUUGGAAAUAGUCUGUUAACAUAUGAACUUUACAAAAAUCGCCACAUGAUGUAACAUUUUGGAGAUUUUGGAGAUCUGCAAAGCUCUUAAAAAGAUACAUUCAUUAUUUCUUUAUUGGACACUUGUGUACAUGUAGACACAGUUCCCUUUGCUGAUGUAAUAUAUCAAUCGCAUGCUGUAUAUAUUUCACAUUUACAUAAAUGUACUGUACAAUUGAACACAAACAAUCCUGAUGACUUUAGUGUUAGGAAGAGUGGGGUAAGAUGUGUCAACUCCUUAAUCUACCAAAAAAUGCUAUUGUUUUUGACAGAUUAUCAGAUACAGUAUUCAGAAAGGCUCUAAUUGUUUUUGUUAUAUAAAAUAUAAAAUGAAAAUGUGAAAAUAUAUCAAAUUUAAAAAAUGAUAUAUUAUAAAUAUAUUAAUUAUAAAAUAUUUAAAAUUUUACAUAUAUAUAUUUAUGUGUGUGUGUAAAAUAUAUUAUAAAUAAAUUACAUAAAUAUACACAUAAAUUAUUUUCUAAAUUUUUGCUUUAAAUAUUCAGAUUAUUUUAAAGGUUUUUCUGUCAAUUUCAUAUUUGAAAAGUGUCACAGCUUACCCCAUUCUCCCCGCUUCAUUUGUUAGAAGCAUGAAUGUGUUUUUAUGUUCCAUGUAUGAGAGAGAGAGUCUGGGCUAGUCAUCUGCUUGCUCUGGGGCUUUGUGUCCUGGUGACUCUCUUCUCAUAUCUGUCUACUCUCUUUGUUUUCUCGCUCACUGAUCUUUUCAAAGUGCAUCUGUACUGCUGGGAGGCAAACGAGCUGUCCUACUCCGCCUACCGUCAGGGAAGAGAGGGAGAUGAGAUCAAAGGAUGCAGGAUAUAGAGGUUAGGAAAUAGAGGGGGAGAAGGACCUAAUAACGGCCUCUAUUGAAAACAAACAGUAUCAUGCAAUGGCACCUAAAUGCGUGCAAUGAGAGUUAACUUAUAAGCCAUAACCUCUGCGAACGGUUUGUAGCUCCUGUCAUUUUCCUAAAAUACAUUCCUACUCUGUUUGUAAGUGCUUUAGGUGUAUUUCGAUCCAUGGAUUAAAUAGUUGCAUCAUUACAAAGUAUUGAAUUAUCAGGAUAAUUUAUUACCAAGUGACAUAUCUGCAUUACUGUUUAACAAACAUAUUAUUUUAAAUAAAAAGAAAAAAUGUUUUAAAUAA